AUUCAACAAAAACUUUGUGUUUCUUAGAGUCAAUCACCCAAUGGCUUCUCUCAAACUUGUUUUUACACUUACUAUAAUGAUGUCUUUUCUCUCCUCUGCUCUUUCCAGCUGGGGUGGUGGUCUUUUUCCAGAAUUCUACCAGUUCUCGUGCCCACAAGCGAACGAGAUAGUCAUGUCUGUUUUGGAAGAAGCUAUUGCUAAAGAUCCAAGAAUGGCUGCUUCUUUGCUUAGACUUCACUUUCAUGACUGCUUUGUCCAGGGCUGUGAUGCAUCAAUAUUACUAGACAAGACUAGUGCAUUCAAAAGUGAAAAAGAUGCAGGACCAAACAAGAAUUCCAUCAGGGGAUUUGAAGUGAUUGAUCAAAUCAAAGCUAGACUUGAACAAGUUUGCCCUCAAACUGUGUCCUGUGCAGACAUUCUAGCCCUUGCUGCUCGCGACUCCACUGUUCUAAGUGGAGGACCACAUUGGGAAGUGCCUCUAGGAAGAAGAGACUCAAAGAUAGCAAACCUCAAGAAAGCAAACACAAACAUUCCUGCACCAAAUUCCACCAUCCAAAACCUCAUAACGCUUUUCGCGCGACAAGGCCUUAGUGAACAAGAUCUUGUUGCUCUUUCUGGAGCGCACACCAUAGGGAUGGCAAGAUGUGUAUCAUUUAGGCAAAGGCUAUACAAUCAAAAUGGUGACAACUUGCCAGAUGCAACACUUGAGAAAACUUACUACACUGGUUUAAAAACAGCUUGUCCAAGAAUAGGGGGAGACAAUAACAUUUCCCCUCUUGAUUUCACAACACCAGUCAGAUUUGACAAUACAUAUUUCAAGUUGUUGCUGUGGGGCAAAGGACUUUUGAACUCAGAUGAAGUACUACUGACUGGGAAAGUAAAAAAGACAAAGGAAUUAGUGAAGAGCUAUGCUGAAAAUGAGGCACUUUUCUUCCAUCAUUUUGCAAAGUCAAUGGUCAAAAUGGGGAACAUCACUCCACUUACUGGAUUGAAGGGUGACGUCAGGAAGAAUUGUCGCAGACUUAACUAAAUAUCUGUGUAUCUAACAACUACUAUAUGGAUUGAUCAUGUUUGCUUUAAUUUCUGCUCGAAACAGCAGUGUCUUAUUUAAGUUCAAUUGAUUAGAUCAAUUCCUGUGAAUUAUUAAAGUUUCUACAAACUAAAGUAAAGUAAUGCUCAAAAUUUUAAUACUA